CAUACGGCGUAUGACCCAUUCAUCUAAUCCAAAUAAAGUUGUGGCUUCUCUGUUGUUUUGACAUUAAGCUUGCAGGCUAACCGCUGCGAUGGUUUCUCUGAAACGAGAAAGAGAAGUUGAUGUGGACGACGAUGACAGCGAUGACGGGGUGGCAGCCAAAAUAGGACGAGGGCGUGUAGUAGAAGACCGAAGAAGCCGCCAUUGCCCUUAUCUUGACACCAUAAACAGGAGUGUGCUGGACUUUGACUUUGAGAAGCUCUGCUCCAUCUCUCUCUCCCACAUCAACGUCUACGCCUGCCUUAUAUGUGGGAAAUACUUUCAAGGUAGAGGUCUUAAGUCCCAUGCCUACACUCACAGUGUACAAUUUACCCAUCACGUGUUCCUCAAUCUGCACACUCUCAAGUUUUACUGUCUGCCAGACAACUAUGAGAUCAUUGACUCUUCACUAGAAGACAUCACUUAUGUGCUAAAGCCAACUUUCACCAAGCAGCACAUCGCAGGGCUGGACAAGCAGGGUAAACUGUACCGCGCUUACGAUGGUACGACAUACCUGCCAGGCAUUGUCGGGCUCAACAACAUCAAAGCCAAUGACUACGCUAAUGUGGUGUUACAGGCUUUUUCCAAUGUUCCACCUUUGCGAAACUACUUCCUGGAAGAGGAAAACUAUAGAGGAAUCCGCAGGCCACCGGGGGACAUCAUGUUCCUCUUGGUGCAGAGGUUUGGUGAGCUGAUGCGAAAACUCUGGAAUCCAAGAAACUUCAAGGCCCACGUGUCUCCCCAUGAGAUGCUGCAGGCUGUGGUGCUGUGCAGCAAGAAGAACUUCCAAAUUACUAAGCAAGGAGAUGCUGUGGACUUCAUGACAUGGUUCUUGAAUGCUCUGCAUGGUGCUUUGGGAGGCACAAAGAAAAAAUCAUCAAUCAUUACAAAAGCAUUUCAAGGCUCCAUGCGGAUCUUCUCCAAGAAACUUCCACACCCUGAUUUACCACAAGAGGAGAAAGAGGCAUUGCUUAUGACAGAAGAGUACCAGGAACAGAUGUCUGAGUCCACCUUCCUGUUUCUGACACUUGACCUCCCAACAGCUCCACUGUACAAGGAUGAGAAGGAGCAGCUUAUCAUCCCGCAGGUCCCUCUCUUCAACAUCCUGGGAAAGUUCAAUGGUAGCACAGAGAAGGAAUACAAAACCUACAAAGAGAAUUUUCUCAAAAGGUUCCAGCUGACCAAACUGCCACCGUACCUCAUUUUUUGCAUCAAAAGAUUCACCAAGAACAACUUCUUUGUGGAAAAGAAUCCAACGAUUGUCAACUUCCCCAUCACGAAUGUAGACCUUCGUGAGUACUUGACAGAAGAAGCUCAAGCUACAGAGAAGAACACAACUUAUGACCUCGUCGCCAACAUAGUGCAUGAUGGGAAACCCACUGAGGGAGCAUACAGAAUACAUGUUCUGCAUCAUGGGACUGGGAAGUGGUAUGAGAUGCAGGACCUGCAGGUGAUCGACAUUCUCCCCCAGAUGAUCACACUUUCAGAGGCCUACAUCCAGAUCUGGAAGAGACAAGAGAGUGACAAUGACACAAACAACCACACAGGGGUGUGAGUGAGGCAGGAUUUUCUUCAGAGUGAAUGGCCACAACUGUUGUCACCAGUUGGGGAAAUGAACCUGGUAUUUAACAACAGAAUAUAGUAUGAGAGUGACGAGAGAGCAUCAGGACUUUUUCCUUUACAGCCACAAAAAAAGCAAAUAAAUGUAAAUGUUGACAUGUUUUUUUCACAGUUUAAUCUUUUUACUAUGUGGAAGUUUCUAAAUAAACAAACUCCAGGA